GCGCGCCCCGCCCGGCGCCGUCCGGGUUCCCGCGCCCUCCCCGCCGGGGCGCGCCUCCCGCCGCGCGGGGCUGCACCGGGAGGGCGCGCUGCGCGGACGGCGACCGGAGAGCUGCGCUGCGGCGGAGGUGAUGACGGCAACGGCAUGGAGUUCCCGGAGCACGGCGGGCGACUGCUGGGCCGUCUGAGGCAGCAGCGCGAACUGGGCUUCCUUUGCGACUGCACGGUGCUGGUGGGUGACGCGCGCUUUCCUGCCCACCGCGCGGUGCUGGCUGCGUGCAGCGUCUACUUCCAUCUCUUCUACAGGGACCGGCCCGCGGGCAGCCGUGACACGGUACGACUCAACAGCGACAUCGUUACGGCGCCCGCCUUCGGUCGCCUGCUGGACUUCAUGUACGAGGGCCGCCUGGACCUGCGCAGCCUGCCUGUCGAGGACGUCCUGGCUGCUGCCAGCUACCUGCACAUGUAUGACAUCGUCAAGGUCUGCAAGGGCAGGCUCAGAGAGAAGGAUCAGGUUCUGGACCAGGGGACCCCCGCUCCUGGGGCAGAGCCACCUGACCAGCCACCAUUCCCCUUGCCUACGUGGACCCCUGACUUCAGCCCAACCGCCCAGAAGGCCAAGCUACCCCCAGCAGGGGUCAAGACUGCUGCGCCUCUUCAAGCAUGUGGGUCUCCUCCUUGGCAAGCCCCAGGAGAGUCGGAUAGGGCCUUGGACCUGUCGCUGAAGCCUGGCCCAAGACAGAAGCCUGUUCACCCACCCUGUACCCUCCAGACACCCCUCUGCGGCUGGGUGCAGCAAAGAGUCCAGCCACUGGUGAAGGAUGAGCAGGACUUGCUUUCUGAACAGGAAGAUAGCAGCAGCACCCAGAGCCCCGGCAGCCUUCCACCUUCAGCCUGUGCUUCUGCAGCCCAGGGCCUGGCAGUGGGCUUGGAGCCACUACCCAUCCAUGGAGCUAGCAACCAGCAGCUUGAACUGGGUACAGAGCCAGUGGCAAGCAUGGAGGAGUUGGGUACCGGCGGGCAACUCUGCAUCUGCCCACUGUGCUGCAAGCUGUUCCCCAGUGCCCAUGCACUGCAGCUGCAUCUCAGCACCCACUUCCGAGAGCGGGAUGGUGCUCGAGCUCAGUUCUCACCUGACGGCACGGUGCCCACCUGCCCACUCUGCAGCAAGACCUUCUCCUGCACUUACACACUGAAGAGGCACGAGCGGACACACUCAGGGGAGAAGCCCUACACGUGCGUGCAGUGUGGCAAGAGCUUCCAGUACUCACACAACCUGAGCCGGCAUGCUGUGGUCCACACGCGGGAGAAGCCGCACGCCUGCCGCUGGUGUGAUCGCCGGUUCACACAGUCUGGGGACCUGUAUCGCCAUGUCCGCAAGUUCCAUUAUGGCUUGGUCAAGUCCCUGCUGGUGUGAUACAUGGCUCUGAAUUCCUGGGGUGGGGGAGGGGAGAGGGUAGGGCCUCUGGGGUGGAACUCUAGGAUGAUAAGGAAAUUUGGCCAGGUGGAAGCCUCCAAGGUUGGAUGGCUCCACCUGUUCACCUGAAGAAUGCUGCUGCCGCUUAGAAAAACCCAGACUAGUGACUCAGGCUGCCUUCCUCUUGCUUUGCCUUCCUUCCACACUGCACUUCAGGUUGUGUCCUUCCCCAGGCUGGGCCAAACUCUCAGUGUCUCCUCUAGUCAAGUUCUGGAGGAAUCUGACCCAAAUGUACUGAGGACCUUGGUUCCUCAGUCUGAGGUGGCCCAGUUGUCUCUGUCCUGAGACUUCCCUGACUGCCCCUCUGGCAUGUUCAGGGGUGUCCUUGUGAGCCUGGUGUCACCCUAAGAGAAUGACUCACAUAUCAGGAAAGUUAAAGCUUGGAGGGAACAGACCACUCCUAGUGAGUGGCAGCGGGAACCCCUCUGGGAAGGCUUGGGGCACUGUGAGUACCAGCAGGGGCCAUGAAGGCACAGCUGUUGUCACCGGGAUCACAGCUCCGGCAGGGACCCUGAGGGUCUGCUAAGUCCAGGUGGCCCUGGAGAUACUGUCAGUGGGGUGGAAUGUAGGUCCUCCAGAGUGUGAGCUCCUGGUGCACCGUAACUUUGGGCAGAGAAGAUGGAAAUCUGGAAAUGAAUUCUCUUUAGGAAGAGACUGCAGGAAGUUGGCAAAGGACUGCUGGUGUGGGUGACAGGCCUGAGCACCGAGUCCAGGGCUUCUGAACAUCCUGGGAUGGGGCCAAGGGAGCUAGUAAUGAGCCCCUGCCAUGAGUGGAGCUCUGUGGGCUGCAGCCUGCUGCUGGGCCCCGGUGGGAACCCUGAGGGUCUCCCCUGCUAGGAAUCUCCCUGACACUGUGGUCAUUGCUACAGCACCAACCAUAGGGCCAGAGGCUGCCCUAAUUACCAGGCACAAUGUUUGUGUGGGUGGGAGCGGCUGGUUACAUGGGAAGGGGGAGGCAGGCAUGUACCUGCUGGGCCAGAGUCACAGUCCCCACCUUCAUCUGUAGCCUUAGGAGGCUGGUAUCCCUAGAAUGUGAAGGACACACCCCCUACCUUUGCAGCUGCUUCACCCACCCACUCACCAAGCAAGUCUUGCUGCCAGAACCUCUAUUGUUGUGGGAAGGGGGUGAGGUAGAGCAGGGGUGGCCCCAGCCUGUGGAGGUCACCAGGUGGCAGGGCUGCCUGGACACCUGGCUUUCUGCAGAUCAUCAGGGCUGUUUCUGCAGAUUGGAAGUGGCACUAAAGGCAGAGUUGAGCCAAGUCUAAGUUACUGUCUCUUCACCUGAUAAAACUUGACAUUCUAUUUAUUCAUCUGCCUGGUCUGGAGUGAAGUGACAGUUGGUCUUCCCCAUGGGUGGAAGGAUCUGUAGUUCACCUCUCUAGGCUUUUGGCCCUCCUGGUGUAUCUGCAGCUGGUCUGAGAGGCCAGUGCCUCUCAGUGAUGCUCCAGGGUCUGUGGCCUUGGACUAGCCAUAAUGCAGAAAGAGUUAUGGGAGGGGACUCCUGCUUCCAAUUGUCCCUGGCUCCUGACUUCCACCUCUGGAAGGACUGGCAGGACUUUGUGUGAUGUACGAUAUGCUCCAAAACCUGGGUUUUCUGUGUGUGCGUGUGUGUGUGUGUGUGUGUGUGUGUGUCACAGCUGGGCAUCCCAGGAUGGGCCCAGCUGGGCUAGUUACAAACCCAGAUCUGUGUGCUGGAGACUGCUUCUGGGCCUCUGCGGGAACCGUGAAGGUCUCCUGCUUGUUCGAGGUCUCCCUAACAGGCACUUGGUUUUCCCCCAAGUGCUUUCUAAGGGAGGGAGAAAACCUAUCUUGAGUACCAACACUGGACUCUGUUUUCUGUGCAGUUACUGUGAAGUUAAUGUAAAAGAGAAUCAGUUUUAACUUUAUAACCAGCACGGUUCAGAUGAAAUGUGCACACUACUUGUGUGGGAGAGCAUGGGAAAGGGGGAUGAGGAGGAGGUCCAGGUGCCACCUGCCGUGUGGGGUCCCCAGGGCCUGCUCUGCCAGUGGUCUCACUGCUGCGCUGCCCCAGGAAGGUGAUCCCAGAGGACAGCUCUUCCCACUUAGCGCUUGGCUGGGACAUUUGUUUGCAUGGCCAGCCUGUACACUACUAGCAAUGCACGCUGUCUUCCUAUUUCACACACCGUGGUCCUCACGAUGACAGUGUAAUAAAGCCUCCACAGGUGGAGAAGGCUGUGAU